AUGCUCGCCGGGCGGGAGCGGCUCUCCCCCGCCUCCUGCGUCCCCGCCGCCUCUCCUCCUCCUCCUCCUCCAGCUCCGGCUGCUCCAGAGUCCGCGCUCCCCCGCCCGGGCCGCGCGCCUGCUCCGCUCUCCUCGCGAGCCGAGAAAUCCCAGCGCUGGGCCGUACGUGAGCCCCUCGCUCCGCGCCGCCCGCCCGCCUGCCCCCGCCCGCCUCCCGCCUCGCGCCUCCCGCCGGCCGGGCACAGGGAGCCGGGCGCCGGAGCCGCCCCGCCGAGCCGAGCGCGCAGCCCCGAUCGCUUCCCGAAAGCAAAAGGGAAGAGCCGCAGCGCCCGCCCGCCCGCCCGCGCCUCCCAUCCGGCGCUCUGCCAGCAACAAACACAAACUUUCCCAAGCCCCUCCCCGCUCCAGUUGGCCUUGGAAGGACUCCGCUGGAAGCCCCAUCGCUGCAGCUCUCUUCCCCGACAGCCGGCGUCCCGCCACUCUGGACGCACCCACGCGUGUCUGCUGUUCCUCAGCUGCCUCCCACCCACCCCCACCCCCACCACCGCUCGUCUCCAGCCCAGCACCCCACCGACAAGCCGCCGGGCUCUGGCCAAACAUUGUUCAGGUGUGUGGUUAGCCAGGUAUGGACCCUUCCGAAAGGGACUCUUAAAGGAGCACCUGGGUGGCUCAGUGGGUUAAGCGUCCCACUCUUGAUUUUGGAUCCAGCCUUUUGGGGCUGACAGGGCGGACAGAGCUUGCUUGGGAUUCUGUCUCCCUCCCUCUUUCUGCACGCCCCCCCCCCCACUCCUGCAUGCAUGUGCGUGCAUGCUCUCUCUCUCUCAAAAUACAUAAAUAAACAUUAAAAAAAAUUCAUCCCCGGUGGCACAACAAUAUGAAUGUCUUAAUGCCACCGAACUGUAUACUUAAACACGGUUAAAAUGGUAAAUCCUAGUUUAACACAAUAAAGAAAACAUUUUUAUUUCAUUUUUGCCACCGAGGUGCUCUUCGUUCUGUUCACCCACCCUGAAAUCCCUUUCCACUUCCCAUCCCAUGGAACCCUCUAGAAUUUCUCUGGGAAGUUUUUGAAUUUAAUUCAAUCCACCUUAAAUGCAAGCCUGAUGUUAGGCCUUGGGAGAUGCUGGAACCACAGAGAAGAGGAAGGCUGGGCCCCUCCAGAAGCUGGGAUCUUUUCCUUUCUUAACCCCACCACAGCGCUUAAUGUCUGGACCACACGUCUUGGCACUUGGUCACAUUCAAGUGAGCACGUGCUAUGGACUGAAUGGUUGUACCUACACCCCGCCCCCACCCACCGCAAAUUCAUGCUAAAGCCCUAAUCCCAAAUGGUAUUUGGAGGUGGGGCUUUUGGGGGGUAAUUAGGUCCUGAGGAUGGGAUGGGGCCCUCAUGAAUGGAAUCAGUGCCCUUAUAAGAAGAUCUCUGCACCAUGUAAAGAGACAGCAAGAUGAUAUCUGUCUGCAAACCAGGAAGAAGGCCCUCACCAGGAACUAAAUCAUUUAGCAGCUUGAUCUUGGACUUAAAGCCUCCAGAACUAUGAUAAAUAAAUGUUUUUUUGUUUAAGCUACCUAGUCUAUGGCAUUUGCCAUAGCAGCUUGAGCCGACUAAAACGGUACAACAUGCAUACUACUCGUAUUUUUGUCUAAUAAAGGAAAGAGUCGGUGCUAAAAACUCUUGUUCAACAAAUAAGUACAAGCCUGGACACAUGAUAGGUCUUCAGUAAAUAUUUAUACAGCGAAUUAAUGCCAGGCACAGGGCUAGACCCUGGGAAUACAGAGAUGGACAAGGCAUUUCCUGCCCUUGAGGUGCUUAGUGUCCACGCAUCAUGACUUGGAAGGUGUGACAGCGUAGGCGAGGUGCAGGUGUGACACAGGGAGUGGUCGGUCCCAGGAAAAGUUGUCAAAGAAAGCUGAUCAGAGAGUAUGUCUGUGAGAUGAGUUUCGAAUGAUUGGGAGGUCUUUAGCUGUGAGGUGUAGGGAUGUGCUUAUAAUAGAUGUUGUAUAUUUAACAUGAUAGGGAUUCUUCUCCCCUCCCCUCCCCUCUCCACCCCCAGGUGCUAUUAAAUUAAUGGUGCAUUUUCAAUCAUGGAAAUAGCAGUGGUUAGUAGUUGAAAUGGAAAUAAUAAAUAAGACUGCCCAGGCAGGGCAGGCAGAAUGAUGACGGAAGUGGAUAGCCUGUUGGUAGCGGGCAGUGAGCUGUGUCAUGAGAGUCAGCCCAAGUCAGCCGUUUUGUUGCAGAAAAUGGGUGUAAAUUAAUAACUCAACUCCAGACAGUUGCUCAUAACCACUGCUCUUUGCAUAGCCCUGACUACCAAAGGAUAAAAUCCUGAAGAAACAGAACACCUGCAGCAGACUAGCACAAUUUAUUAAUUCAUGACUCUGGAAUCCAAUGAUGCUUUGCUUAUGAAAGAUAUUUAUGCCAGAGUGAGUAACCUCCUAUACAGGUAAGGCUUUUGCCCCAACCAAUUGUUCUCAGUUUGGUUCAUCUGUGGGCUUGCCUAAGGCAAGACUCACUCUCCAGCAACUCUGACCCACACCCAAUCCCCAAGGAGGUGAGUCCUACCCUGGGUUUCCUUUGCCAGAUCACAAAGGACCCUUGGAGGCUUUGGUCAAGACAGCCAGGAUUUGUCUCUUGAUUAUGCUUCUCUGUCUUCGGGCAUGUCCCCCUGAAAACCCCAUGAAGGUCCUCACACUCACUCCUGACAGAUUUUCCUGCUGAGAUCAGGAAAGACGCCCUAUUAUUUAAAGUUAAGAAUGGAAUUAUUAAAAGGUCCCUGUGAA